GUGUGUAGACUCCUGCAUGAUGAACGGCAGCAGCAGCGUCUCAGUGGCUCAGAGCUCCAGGAUAAAAAACGAACCAGAUGACUGGACGAAGGAGGACUGCCUCACCCUCCUGGAGAGGAUCCGCUCUCUGCUGCCGGACGACGACGCCAUGAAGUACAAAACCACGGAGUCGCACUACGACUGGGACAAGGUCGGCUUCGGCCGCUUCACCGGAGACGUCUGCCGCCACAAGUGGCACAAGGUCUCCUCCGAGGUGCGUAAGUACCGCACCAUGACGGAGCUCAUCGCGGACGCCGUGGAGUUCGUGAGGAACCCGUACAAAGGGAAGAAGCUGAAGACUCAUCCAGAUUUCCCCAAAAAGCCUCUGACUCCGUACUUCCGGUUCUUCAUGGAGAAACGAGCCAAAUACGCCAAGAUCCACCCGGAGAUGAGCAACCUGGACCUCACCAAGAUCCUGUCCAAGAAGUACAAGGAGCUGCCCGACAAAAAGAAGGUCUGCACGCUGGUCCAGGAUCCAGGAUGGGGGACCCCGACUGUUGGGGGGUACUCCGACCCGGUUACGCCUGUACUGUGUGUACUUGUAGUAACGGGUACUCCCUGUACUGUGUGUACUUGUAGUAACGGGUACUCCCUAUACUGUGCGGAGCUCAUGGUGAACAUGAAGGACGUUCCCAGCACGGAGCGCAUGGUGCUGUGCAGCCAGCGCUGGAAGCUGAUGACCCAGAAGGAGAAGGACAUGUUCCAGAAGCGCUGCGAGCAGAGGAGGAAGCAGUACGACGUGGACCUGCAGAGGUUCCUGGAGAGUCUUCCGGACGAGGAGCGCGACCGCGUGAUGGGCGAGGAGAAACCGGGCGGGUCCAGAGGGGGCAUGGCCUCCAGCCCGCACAGAGCCAAGUCUCUGGCGAAGUUGGCAGCUCUUGGUCGGGAGGCGGAACCAGAGACGUGGUCACCUGCCGGACAAGCAAAGGACAGACGUGACGGGAAGAAGACGCCGAAACUUCCCGAGACGCCGAAGACCGCCGAAGAGAUGUGGCAGCACAGCGUGAUGGGAGACUACCUGGCCAAACACAGAAGCGACCGCAGGAAGGCGCAGGCUGCGGUCGAGGCGGCCUGGAAGUCGAUGGAGAAGAAGGAGAAGAUUCCGUGGAUCAAGAAGGCGGCGGAGGACCAGAAGCGUUACGAGGUUCAGUACCAACAUGUGAGGGAGCUGCUGGACACGAGGACUCCACCUGCAGCGCAGAGGAAACCCAAGUUUGAUGGAGAACCAAAGAAACCUCCAGUGAGUGGGUAUCAGAUGUUCUCCCAGGAGUUGCUGACCAAUGGCGAGCUGAACCACUUCAGCCUGAAGGAGCGCAUGGUGGAGAUCGGGAAGAGGUGGCACAAACUGACCCAGAGUCAGAAAGACAAGUACAAGAAGAUGGUGGAGGAGCAGCAGGGAGAGUACAAGGCGGAGCUGGAGGACUGGGUGGAGUCUCUGUCGUCUCAGGAACGAGCCGUUUACCAGGAGUUCUCCUCCUCGAAACGUCGCAGCAACACUAAAGUCGGCAGCAGUCCGGCAGCUAAAGUACGAGUGACGGUGAAGGGCAAGGCGGCCGGUCCCAGGGCCGCACCGCAGCCGGUCGGGGUCGCCAAGAGGGCCAUGGCGUAUCGAGCCAAGCAGGACGUGUCCGACUCCACCGACAAGAGCGACUCAUCCGACUCUGAUGAAGACGACGAGACGUCAGGGAGCUCAGACAGUGACGACGACGAUGACGAUGAAGAUCGGAGCUCCUCGGAUGAAUCCAGUGACUCGGACUCGGAUUAGCGCCGCCUCCUCGCCCUCAUUGGAGGACAGGCUGUGCAGGCCACGCCUCCUCACAUUCUAGUUUUCUAGGCAGACCAAUGAGAAUGGGCAACGUCAUGCUGGCCCCUCCCUCUGAAGGGGGCGUGGCCUGACGGAGUGUUUUGUUACUCAUGUGUUUGUUGGUUUUUAAUGUUUUUUUAGCCUAUUGGCCGUUACCGCUGAGGGAGAAGCCUAUUGGCUGUUACCGCUGAGGGAGGAGCCUAUUGGCUGUUACAGCUGAGGGAGGAGCCAGUGUUCAGCCUCCAAUCAGCUGCCCGAGAAAAUUAUUAACAAAUAAAUGCACUUUUUCUCA